GCGCGCUGAUAAAAGGUGAGAUGAAAUACCUGAUCGGUAUUGUUAUUCUCUCUGUGAAAUAAUGCCGGGAAUACUGAUGUAUUCAACCGAUUUGUCGGUUUUAUGAAUUUGUGAAACUAUUCAAUGACAGUGACAAGAAUAUUUAAGACUCAAUUUUAUUUGUCACAUUGACAAAAUAAACUGAAAGGAACCAGAGGGAAGAGCAUCAUUCUGUAACAUGAAAAUUUCCCCAUUGUCUCGCCUAGAUUAUCGAUUAGAAAUUUAAAUGUGGAUUUUAUAGACCUAUGUUGUGAAACAAGAUAAAUUUCCACCGUUGAAACCCCUCAGGAAGAGGCAACUUGUACAUAAAAGUAAGCAGUAAGGGAAUGAAAGAAGAGGGAAAUAAUGUUUGAAUGCUUACUCACAAUUAUCUCAUAUUAACUGAUCAAGGAGAGUACCAUAUCUUAACCUGUGAUAAACCCAAGUCUUUCUACCAGAUAAUUAACAACCCUCCUCUUCUAUAAAAGUGACACUGUUAUUCAUAUAAAGGAGGUAUAAUGGCAGGAUGGUCGCUUUUUCAAAAUAAAAUAAACCAAAGAUUUCUUAGUAUUCUGUUACUAAGCCUUGUGAUACAAUUAGUUACCGCUAAUAACCCUCCAUAUUUUAUAAAAUUCGAAAGUGCAUUAGUUUGGCCAGAAGACACAGCUGUUGGUACAAUUUUAGGAAACUUAACUGGAGUAGAUACAGAUGGACCAGCUCCAUUAGAAUUUAAAACUGAUACAACAGAUACAGGAAAUCUAGUAGAAUUAAGUCCACCUCGUGAUUUAGGUUCUGGUACCAGAAUAGUUGAUAUUAAAUUAAAAGCUGUUUUAGAUAGAGAUUAUGAACCGAGUGAAAGACAGCUAUUCUUUAAAGUUUCUGAUAAAACCAGUGAGAUUCCGGCUAAAAUCACCUUAUUUAUUCGUGAUGUAAAUGAUGUUAAACCACAGUUUAAAAAUUUACCCUACAAGGCAACAGUUAAUGAGAGUGUCUCUCCAAAUACUGUUAUGUUUAUGGGGGUAACUGCAGAUGAUCCAGAUAAUGGUAGAGGAGGAACUGUUCAGUACUCUAUGGAGACUGAUGCUCAAGCUGCAGAUGAAGAUUAUAGAACCACAUUUGAAAUAGACCCAAUAAGUGGUAAUAUUACUGUAAAAAAGCCACUCAACUAUGAAAAACAUAAUUUUUAUCAGUUUAAAAUAAAAGCUGUGGAUGGUAUAGGACUAGAAGCUGAACCAGCAGAUUUUGUUGUUACAGUUUUAGAUGUUCAAGAUACGCCACCAUAUUUUGUAAAUCUACCAUAUAGUGCUGAAGUUAAUGAAAGUGUUAGCAUUGGAACAUCUAUUCUACAAGUUUCGGGUUUAGAUGGUGAUAGAGGAGUUCCUAAUAAUUUAACUUACAGCUUUCUUAGAGGAGAUUAUGAGAAGUUUAAUAUAGAUAGUUCUACUGGUGUUAUAACUGUUAAAUCACCCUUAGAUCGAGAUUCACAAGAAGUUAGAAAUAGAGGUGGUGUUUAUGCUAUGUAUGUUGAGGCUUCAGAAAUUGUUCCAGCAAAUCAAGUAAAUAAUGGCUUAACAACAGCCAGUACCCUGGUGACUAUAACAGUUGAAGAUGUCAAUGAUAACUCGCCUGUAUUUAAUAAGAUAAAUUAUAAAGCGCAAAUCCUAGAGAACAUGCAGAAUGGUGUACCUGUUACAUUUGUUAAUGAUGUAAUGAGAGUCUCAGACAUAGAUCAGGGUACCAACAGUCAUUUUGUUCUAAGUGUAGAACAGAAUGGUCAGCCAUAUUAUGAUUUUACACCUCUACCUCAAGAAGUUUAUUCUGAAUCUACCAUUUUACUGAGAGUAAACAACUCAAACAACUUGGAUUAUGAGAAGAAUCCUGAAAUCAUCUUUCAGGUUGUUGCUAGAGAGGUUGAUACAGUAGAAAAACGGUCAAGUACAGCAACUGUGACUGUCACUGUUGAAGACAUGAAUGAUAAUGCUCCCGUUUUUCCUAAUGAAACUUAUGUUGUUAGAGUGAAAGAAAAUACAGAUAUUAAUACAGUUAUUCAGACUAUUCAAGCAACAGAUGCUGAUGAAGGUGUAUUUGGAAGUAUCACUUAUUCUAUAAGAGGAGGAAAUAACAAAUUUGGUAUUAAUAAACAAACAGGAGGAAUCUAUAUAGCAGCUUCACUGGACAGAGAAGAAACAGAUGAAUAUUACCUAACAGCUGAAGCAAAAGAUGAUGGAGGAUUACGUACACCAGUAGAAGUUAAAGUCAUCAUUGAAGAUAUGAAUGAUGAAAAACCUGUUUUCAGGCGGCAGGAAUAUGAGGCCAUUUUGAGGGAGAGUGAUUCUGAUUUUCUUCGUCCAUUGUUUGUAGAGGCAACAGAUGAUGAUCAAGUUAACACUGCUAAUAGUUUUGUCAAAUAUAGAAUAAUUGAAACACCUGCAAAUUUGCAAAAUAAUUUUACUAUUAACCCAGAUAAUGGCCAUAUAACCAUAACUAUACCUAUUGAUUAUGAGAAAUUAGACCAAUCUUUGAAUAGUGUAGUUAAUCUUAAAGUGGAGGCAAUAGACCAGGGAUCACCACCUCUUGCCUCAACAGUUAAUGUCAGCAUUGUAAUGGAGGAUCUCAAUGAUAAUGCUCCUGUAUUUGAACAAAAUAAAUAUUCAGCUGUAGUUCCAGAAAACUCCACAGAAGGAACUGUUUUGUUAGUGGUUAAAGCUACAGAUUUAGACGGUACCAACCCAAAUAAUGAAUUUAUCUAUCGGAUUGAAAGUGGUGCUUUGGACAAAUUUAGGAUUAACUUUGCUACAGGCGAACUAACAGUAGAAACUGGUGCCAAACUGAACAGAGAAGAAAAAGAUGUUUAUAUAAUGAAUGUCUCUGCAAUAGAUAAAGGAACACCUCCACAGACUGGUCGAUGCACUGUUGUUGUUAAUCUUACUGAUGUUAAUGAUGAAAUACCCAUAUUUCAACAAUCAAGUCAGUCUGUUACAAUACCAGAAAGUGCAACUAUAGGAGAUGGUUUUGUUACAUAUGCUGCUACAGAUGCUGAUUUAAACAGUGAAUUAAGUUAUCAAAUUAUUAAAGAUGGUUAUAAAGCUUAUGAUGAUAGAAAUGAAGAAGUGGAUGUUGAGAGUAAUAAUAUCACAGAUUACUUUAAUGUUAUACCUAAUACCGGAGUUGUGUAUGUGUCUGCAAAGUUAGAUAGGGAGAUUGCUGAAAGAAUUGUUCUGAAAAUAUUGGCCACUGAUCUAGGUGCUUGGAGCCCAAAAAUACAAACAGCAACAGCUACAUUAACUGUAUUACUUGAAGACUCUAAUGAUAAUGCUCCGGUAUUUAAACCUAGUUCUACAUAUGUAGUAAAUAUAUCCGAAGGUCAAGAUAUAGAGAGUGAAGCUUUAAGAGUAGAAGCCGUAGAUCCAGACAAAAACCAACAAGUAACAUACGAUUUGGAUACAAUUGGUGAUGUAAACUUCAAAAUUGACCAACAGACAGGUAUUAUAAGAAUUAAGAAGAAAUUGGACAGAGAGUUAGAACCAAGUUUAACAUUUGUUGUAGUAGCAAGCGAUAAUGGAAACACACCUAUGAUUUCAUCAGCUACUGUCUCAGUUAGUGUUCUAGAUAUCAAUGACAAUGCCCCAAUAUUUCUGCCCCAUCCUCAAAUUUAUAGUGUUGGUGAGGAUGCUCCUACAGGUACAGAAGUAGGUAAAGUAAAAGCUACAGAUCCGGAUGAUGGUGCAUUUGGAGAAGUAUUUUACCUUUUAGAAGGUAUUGACAGUGAUGGUACAUUUGAUAUUGAUCAAGAUCAGGGUGUGAUAACUGUUAGUAAAGAAUUGGACAGAGAAGUAAAAGCAGAAUACAGCCUGGUUGUUGUAGCUACAGAUAACAAAGCUAACCCUAAAGAUCAAAGGUCAAAUAGAACUACAGUUACCAUUCACUUAGAAGAUGUCAAUGAUAAUGCGCCACAGUACAAUUUGAAUAUUUUGCCAAGUGCAAAAUUUGUACGAGAGUCAGCAACUGUUGGUACAAUUGUUGUCAAUAUACUGGCUACUGAUAAAGAUAAAGGAGAAAAUGGAACUGUUCAAUAUUUCUUAACAGGUGAUACAAAUGCCACAAAUGCCCAGGGUCAAGCCAUUUUCAAAGUUGAUCAAAUAUCUGGUACAAUGUCUGUGAAUGCUGAUUUAAGAACAGCUACAGGUGUCCGAUAUGUGACAGUGAAUGCUACAGAUAAAGGCAACCCAUCUCAAUACAACACUACUGUUUUAGAUUUUACAAUAAUAGAUGAUAAUGACGAUCCACCAACAUUUAUUAGACCAGAUCCUUCUAAUCCCCUUGUUGUUAUAGAAGAGGGACAACCAGUCAAUACUACCAUUAUAAUGAUCAGUGCUACAGAUGAUGAUCAGGGGGAGAAUGGGCAGGUUGUCUACUCUAUUAUACAAUCUAAAACUAAACAGGACUGGAAGAAAUUUCAUUUGGAUAGUAUAACAGGAAGAGUUAGUAAUAAAGAAGUACUUGACAGAGAAACACAGAAAUUUUAUGAGCUACAAGUACGGGCAACAGAUAGAGGCAAGCCUAGAAACUAUAGUACAGAUCUAUCAAUGACUAUUGAAGUAAAAGAUGUAAAUGAUCAGGAACCUGAGUUUGAUAGAUCAAAGAUUGAAACACCAUAUAAAAUGAGUGUAUUAGAAGAAAGUAAUGCAGAAUGUGUUGGAAAUGUUUCUAUAGCUGAAGACAAAGAUUUUGACAGUAAUUUUACAAUCAUAUGUUAUUAUAUUGUCAGUACAGGCCUUAAUGAUACUUUCACCUUAUCCCCAUCAGGAAAUCUUUGUUUAAAGAAUAGUAUAGAUAGAGAGACGACUCCAUAUGUCUAUCUAGUUAUUCAAGCUUCUUCUAAUUGUUAUGAGGACAGAAGUUAUACUAUUAUUCCACAAAAUGCUGAAGUUCCACCAGAGUACAAUGAUGAAGAUCCAACAUUACUGUGGGUGAACGUUUCAAUAACUGACAUCAAUGAUAAUUCUCCUAAGUUUAAAAUGAAAGAAUUAGCAUUAGGUAUUACUAAAACUACACAGUUUGGAUCAUUUGUAUACAAUUUAAAGAAUGAAGUUAUUGAUGCUGAUUCAAAUGCUUACGGAAUAAAUCAAUUUAGUUUGAUCAGUAUUGACAUUCAACCAGAGGAGUUAAGAAAUGAAUUAGACGGACAAGUUCCCUUUGUCUUAUUCCCAAAUGGAACAGUAAAAACUAACACUUAUUUCCGUUCUACAAUGUUUGGUUAUUUUAUCUUGUCCCUUGUGGCAUCAGAUAAAGGAAAUAAAAAUGACACAGCAAAUCUAAGAAUUUCGUUGAUAAAUGAUAACCAAAGAUUAAAAGUUGUAUUUAGAGAACGAGUGGAAGAAGUAGGAAAGUUUAAAGAUGAUUUUGCAAGUGAGUUACAGAAUAUCACUGGUUACCGUAUUGUGGUAGAUAAAGUACAAACUCAUGAAAAUGAUGCUGGAAAACCAGAAAUUGAUAAAACUGACAUGUUUAUACAUGGUGAAGAUCUAUCAACUAAUGAAGUUGUACCAGCUUAUGAUUUAUUGAGAAAAAUAGAUUAUAAUGCUGAAAGGAUGGUCUCUAUAUUAAAUGAUUAUAAUGUACUGACUAUAGUUCCAACAUAUAUUGAAGCUAGCAAUGAUGAAACAGAAAAACAACUACGAAUGGCACUAAUAUUGGUAUCAGUAAUACUUGGUGCUUUAGUCAUCAUCUUGAUAGUAGCCUUCUAUACUAGUCGAAGAAAAUAUCAGAGAAAACUUAAAGCAGCAACUGCUAUGGCAUAUGUAUCCAAUGGAAAUGGAAAGGGUUCUCAAGAUUCAGAUUUAUAUAAAUUGGAGAUGCCUGGAACAAAUAUCCAUUCUUAUGAAAAUGCCAAUCCAAUUUACCUAGAAAAAAUAUUAUUGGGUGAAAUGGAAGAAGAUGGAAUAUCCCACUCCUCAUCUUUUUACCAGACCUACUUUGACCAUCAAAAUUCUCUUGAUGAAAAUGCCAUUGAAACAAAUCCUAGUUAUGAUGAACAAGAAGUUUCUAUGAAUAUAUUUCCUGAAGAUAAAGACCAAACUAAUGUGGAAGGGACUACAGAUCUUUAUCUUAAAGCAGCUUUAAAAGAACAUGAAACUUCUAAAAAUUUAAAAAAUAGUGACAUAAAUAAGAAUAUCCCAAAUGGUAAAAUUAAGAUUAAAAAUGGUCAUGCAUUAGAGCCAUUAGCAGACUUAAGUACAACACGAAAUAUUGAUGGUUUACAGACUACAGAAAUAUAAUCUUCAAAAACAAUAAGUGUGCGUAAAAAUAUGCAUAGUUUCCAUACAUAUUAUUUUGUAUGACAGUGCUUAUCAAGAAAUUUUAUUUAGAGUGAUCAGAGAAAAGUGUGUGUGAAAUUGGAUAAAAACAAGAAAAUGUGUUUUAUCAUCAAUAUAUUACAUUUUUAGAUUUUCUUAAAACUGGUGCUGGCACUGGCUUAUGGAACAUGGAGAUAAGUUAUUACUUUUUGGGAAAUAUUUUGUUCAUUUUUUCCAAAAAUUUUGUGGAUAUGGCAUGUUCAUUUAAUGGACAGACAUAUUGGAAUCAAGAUUUAUAUAUUGAUAAGAUUAUUUUCUCAAUUAAUCUUUGUGUUAUAUGUAUAUUUAUUGUGGAGUUGAUUCCUCAGGUGCCUAAUUCUAUUUAAACAUGUCCUAUAGUUGUGAUAUAAAGUUAUUUUUGUACUGUAUAUUUAUCUUGUGUACAAGAUACUGUUAGUUUUUAUUCAGACAUCUAACACGCUUUCAAAUUGUACCUUUUUUUAUUCUCCAGUAAAGGAUAUCUUUUUUUAUAUUAUAAAUGAGAUUUUGUUGUAUUUUUAACAUUACCUUUUAAUUUUAAUUCUUAUUAGAAACUUAUUUUCAUUUUCAUUUGAUAUUAUUACAGAUUUUCAUUAAACUGGUAUUUUAGGGAAAAUGAAUUAUAUUCAGUUGAUGAGAAUCUUUUUUGACUUCUGUUCGUUCGAUAGAUCUUGUGGAUUCAUACCCUGUGAAUAUAAUACAUGAAAAGGUGUCCGUUAUUAAGAUCUGGAUUCAUGAUAUACUCGUAACUUUUGAUUUUUUGAGGAAAAAAAAGUAUAAAAAAAAGCUUACAGGGUGAUAAAAACAAGCCUUCACCUUUGUGUAAAUUUUAAACCUGCAUACCUCUGUAAAUAAGCAAACGAAUUAUGCCUCAUAUCAAGCUUUUUUUGAAGGCUAGACCACCAUUAAGUUCCCCGGCUGAUGAAAGAGAAGAUCACUAUUUAAUGGAUCUAGCUAAGAAAAACUGUGAUAAAAAGAAUGAUGUAGACAAAUAGUAAACAUUACAUAAUUUUUUGUUAAUUUAUUCUGGUGUGGUGCUGUUAAAGAUUUAUUUUCCAUUUUUAUGAAUAUAUGACAAAAAUAGAAUAGGGUGCAAUGCUUGCACUUGCUUCCAUGAAACUUUCAAGUUGAAAGGUCCAUGACAUGUCACACAAUAUCUAAGGCUUUAAAGAGUUUGUAUUUUAUAUUAUGAAAAGUUUUUGCAAAUAUAACUAGUAAAGAACAUUGAAUGGAGAGGGAUACAAGCUUGGUUUUAAAAGAAUAUAAUGCAGAACAACACUUAAUUUAUUUUAUUAAUGCACUUUUAACUUAAUCAAAUGUUUUAUAUAUUAUUAUGUAAAUAUUGUACGUAGUUGUCAUUAUGGUUAUGUAUAGUUUUCUGUAUAUUUAAAAAAACAAAUUAAAUAUAUUAAAUUUA